AUGGCUGCAUCAUAUAAAGAAACCAUAAGGGAGGAAGCAAAUACAGCUGAAGAGAUUAUUCAAUAUCUUUUCUCUCCACAAUAUCUAUCAGAUUUGGGAUCCAUAGACCCAAGUGUCAGACUUUUAGAUCAAUUGGGGGAGUUGGCUGAGGAGCUCGACUCAACUGUUGGAUAUGUGGUUGACAACAUACGGCAACAGAGUGAUUUUCCUGCUGUCAGUUCAUCAUCAAGAUCUGCACUCGAGAGUGAAGUUGUAGAUCCAGUGGUUGCAACGGACCUGAUUGUCAUUAAUUCAAACCGAUUGAGGAGAUUAGCCGAGAAAAUAAUGUCAACUGGCAGAGAAUUAGCAGAUGAAGAUCCCAGUGAUCCACCAUCAAUCACGACCAAAGAUGCUGCGAUUGGCUUUGCUGACGAUCUAAGUGACUCUACUGCUGCUACAUCAUCAUCAAGACCUGCAUCUACAACCAAAUAUUUUGUGGCUGACUUUGCUAAAGAUCCGAGCAAAGAUGAUUUAGUUCGUUUUGAUUACGAUAUGGCACAGAUGAUGGAGCGAGUAAUUAACUAUUCAUAUUCCAACCUACAAAUCCUCCCUAUUGUCGGAAUGGGAGGCAUUGGUAAGUCCACACUUACUAGACAAAUUUAUGAUGAUCCACUGGUCAAGGACCGAUAUGAUAUUCGAGCUUGGGUCACAGUAUCACAAAAUUAUAGUGUUGAAAGUAUUCUCUCACAAUUACUAGCUUCGAUCAAAGGAAAAGUGGAUCGAGUUGGAAGGGAUUCGUUGAAAGGAAUCCAAGCAGAGGAGGAAGAUAUUUACAAAACCUUAUCUGGCGGAGGUAUCAUAGUAAUGGACGAUAUUUGGAGUGCGGAAGCUUGGGAUCGCGUACAGUGCCUAUUUCCUGACAACAAUAAUAGCCGCCAGAUCAUAUUAACCACAAGGAAAAUGGAUGUGGCUAGUGCCAUAUCGUACGACAAUAUUUAUAUGAUGCCUUUCUUGGAUGACUAUCAAAGUUGGUAUUUGUUCCAACAGAAGGUUUUCGGAGAUCAAGAUUGUCCUCUUGAGCUACAAAGUGUUGGGAAAAAAAUAGUAGAAGGAUGUGGAGGACUGCCCCUCUCCAUUGUUACUGUGGCAGGACUUUUAUCCACGAUUCCUAGAACUCCCAAGUCGUGGCAGCAAUUUGAGAGAAAUGAUUGGCAGUUGGGAUCAAUAUUAUCUUUGACUUACAACCACUUGACUCCACACUUGAGGAAGUGCUUCUUGUAUAUGGCAGCCUUCCCUCAAGAUUAUGACAUCCAUGCCUCUGAACUCAUCAAACUUUGGGUAGCUGAGGGUUUUAUGGAAUGUCGAAAUGAAUCUGAAAGCGUAGAAAUGGUGGCAGGGGAGUGCUUGGAGGAUCUGAUCAAGCAAACUCUAGUUUUGAUCACGUGCCGGACAAGUGAUGGCAAAAUCAAAAGUUGCAAGCUGCAUAGUAUGGUGUGGGAUUUUUGUGUGAGACAGGCCGGGCAAGAGAAGUUCCUUCUAUCUAUUAAGGACUACUUCCCAAAUCUUAUCUUGAGAAGAGAUGAUCGUUCAUAUUGGGAACUUGGUCAAGUGUUUGAAUUGAUUAAUCUCACGUACCUUGCUUCCAGCAUUCCUGAUAGUAUUGUCCCUCCAGCUAUAGCAAAACUUCAGAAUCUACAGACUUUAAUUAUUUAUAGGUCUGAUGUUUGUUUGCCAUUGGAGAUUUGGAACCUGAGGCAGUUGAGACAUCUUAUCGCUUUCUCAUUUCGUCCUUUACUCCUUCCCGAAGGAGCAACUCUUUUUCUAGAAAACUUACAAACACUUUCCUUGCCGACAAACUUUGUGUGUAGUGAAAGGAUGGUGAAAAUGAUCCCAAACAUAAAAAAGUUGGGAAUAUGGUACUCGGAAGAGAAAUUUAGUGCAGGCUAUUAUCUUGACGAUCUUGCACGUUUUCUUCGACUUGAGAAGUUGAAAUUGGAGGCGCAUGGUUCAUUUGUGCGACAUUUUGAUAUUCUUGGUUUCCCUCAAUCGCUGAUAAAGUUAGAAUUGAAUGGCGGAUGGAGUUCUUGGAAUGAUAUGACGAUUGUUGGUUCGUUGUCUAAUCUUAAAGUGUUGAAACCCAAGAACUAUGCCUGCUAUGGGGAUCAAUGGGAAUUUGGUAGGUUGAUACUUCUGCUUAUCGAUGAGUCGAAUCUGAAGUGUUGGAGAACUAGCAGUAGCCACUUUCCGAGGCUCAAGUGCCUAAUGCUUCAUCGUUGUGCAUACUUGGAUGAGAUUCCAAAUGAUAUUGGAAAUAUUAAAGCACUUGAAUUGAUUGAGAUCGAUGAUCAUAACCAAUCUCUUCGUUAUUCGGCACAAAAAAUACAAGAGGAAUAUUGGGAGAACUAUGGAUUUGGAGACCUAAAAGUUGUUGUGAAGCGUUCUUGA